AUGGUGAAAUUACAAAGGUUUAGCGAAAAGAAAAGCCUCAUACACGAAUUCGGCAAGUUUAUCCUUGAAAAGCAAGAAUCGGCGUUAACGGGCGACGCUGAUGCAGUGUUCAAUAUCGCCAUCAGUGGAGGAUCGAUGAACCAAGCGCUGUACGAAAGUUUGGUAAAUGACAAAAACAUUUUUCCACAUAUUAAGUGGCCACAAUGGAGAAUCUUCUUCUGUGACGAAAGAUUGGUUCCAUUUGAGGAUCCGCAAAGUAACUAUGGUCAGUUCAAAAAAACAGUUUUGGACCCGCUAGUGCAUCAGGGCAACCAAUUGAACUUAGGCCCCACUGUAUACACUAUCAACGAAUCAUUAAUCGGUGGCGGUGAAACGGCCAAUAGAAAGAUUGCCGAAGAAUACGCUUCCAUGCUGCCUGCAUCAUUCGACCUAAUCUUACUCGGAUGCGGAGAAGAUGGACAUACAUGCUCGUUGUUUCCCGGGGUUGAAUUUAAUUACCUUGUAGAAGAGAUGGACCGCAAGGUUUUAUGGUGUAAUAAUUCGCCCAAGGCACCCAAGGACAGGAUCACCUUUACAUUAGCAGUAGUAGCCGAGGCUAAAAGUGUGUGCUUUCUCGUUAGGGGAGCUGCUAAAAAGGCUAUCAUGCAUGACGUGUUAAUCGUAAAAAAUAGCGAACUACCUAGUGUGCUGGUUAAUGAAAUGGUCGGAACCAAAGUAACUUGGUUUCUCGACGACGAAGCUGGCGCCUUGAUUCCUGAAAACUGCUAA